AUGGGCUGGUCUCCUCGAUGGAAAGUCAUGCUCAGGGGUAUCUUCAAUGCAAUGAUUUCCAUUCAUAUCCUUCUCUCUCUGUUGUUUGCCCACAUAGCCACAGCCCAGUCUGGGCGUAGCUUUGGGGACUCUCAUGGUCAUUCACUCAACAAGCGCGCUCCACUUGCGCCAGAUGGUGAUGGUAUCUGCUACACCUACACCAUUCAGGAGGGCGAUACCUGCGCAAAACUUGCUCAGCGUUACCAGGUCACUACCAGCAAUAUCGAGACUUGGAAUGUCGGAUCCUGGGGCUGGCCAGGUUGUGCCAAAAUCAAGCAAGGCGAUUUCGUCUGUCUCAGCUCUGGUGCCCUUCCUAUGCCCGUUGCUCUCCCGAAUGCUGUCUGCGGUCCCCAGGUUCCCGGUACAAGACGCCCUAUCAAAUAUUCCGAUCUCGCCUCUCUAAACCCAUGCCCUUCAACUCAAUGCUGUGCUAUAUCUGGUCAAUGUGGCACUCUCUCGAACUUUUGUGAUGUGAGCCCGCUUGGCAGUUGUAUCUUCAAUUGUGGACCGAAGAGCACAACCAAAAGUGCUGCUUCAAAGACUACUACUACUUCGAACCCCACUACUACUUCGAAAACAACGAUUACUUCAAAACCGACGACUACAUCAAAACCGACUACAAUUUCAAAGACUACAAAAGCAGUUAUGGUUACCUUGACCAGCAUUCAAAUGGUCCCACCACCAGACAAAACCACGGCCAGUGUGGCCCCAACUGCAACGUGGCAAAUAACCAUAUAUGAGAAAGGUGGUUGUAAGGGUGAUUACUACUCUGCUCAAGGACAUGAGGACCAAAUUGUUGGGGGUUGCAUUGUCCUCGCGGAUAAUACCGACACCAAAAUCUCGGAUACGACCACGUCCUGUCGAUGGUGGUCUGAUGGUGGCCUCAACUGGGGCACCUGUGCCUCCAGUAAACUCGUAAAUGCGAGGUCAUUUUUCAUCAAAUCUGGGAAGUGCGUUAUAUAUUCGGGUAAGAAAUGUCAGAAUGAGGACUGGGUAGGAGAGACCUAUGGGGCUUUCAAGGGCUGUCAGGAUGGCAAUACUGGAUACUUGUCUCCUCGGAAAGACGCGAAGUGGGGUUCAUUGCAGUGUUUUGAGUACAAAUCAUAUACUACUUAG